GCUCGUCUGUCGAUCAAGCGAGCUGCUGCCUCGAAGACGAAGCGCAUCCAACGAAUUCUCACGAGCUAUCUAGAGAACGAGGAUCUGAUUGCUUGCCGUCUAGUAUGUCGCAAGUUCGCUGUCUAUCUCGUACCAAUUCUGUUCGUGGAUAUCGAUGUCCGUUUUCGCACCAGCACCUUCAACAGGCCAUCGCGAAUGGCAGCUUUGGAGCACAUUGACGGACACGUCCAGGCCAUGACGUUUAAUAUUUCACAUGAUAAGGAGACCUUCUUGCCUCCAAUCCUGGAUCUAAUUAUGGGGAAAGAACAAACCUUCAUCUACACACCACAACGGUGCCAACUUGGCAGUAGUAACCCUAGACAGCCGGCCGUCAAGCAGUAUCCGCCUGUGUUCCAUACAUCUACCAACAUCCCUUCAUUUGUCCAGGCGUUGACGAUGAUGAGCGGCAUACAGCAUCUGCGAAUCUCCUGCGAGGGUCAAGUACCAAGCCAUCGCUACCGCCGAAGUGUAGUUGAUUAUGCAUUGAUCUCAUUGCCGAUGGCAAUCGAACAAGCACCAUUGAAAUAUCUGCACACCCUGUCACUGCCAUUAGUCCACCCAGGAGCAGUUCUUUACCUGCGUCCAGCUCCAGGAUAUGGGGCUUCGCCUGCAUCUUGCAAGCGCUGGUCCCAGGCCCGCAAGCUUACGGUCCAUAUGACGAGUUUCGGCCAUAAGCCAGGUCAACCGACAAACCAACUCAAGCUCCUCCAUGCAUCCUUGGGUAGCUUCCCAUCUCUGCAAAGACUAGUGUUUCAUUGGGAAGGCGAGAGGGGCCUCUCGCCCUUGUCACUUGCAACAGAGCCGAGCCUCAACAACGCAGCCAAAGGGGGGCCAAGUCAAGCAUACCCUCAGAAGUGCGCGUUACCCUUACGGCCAUUGAAAUUCCAACAUCUUCAACAGAUGGAACUGGUCAAUGCAACAAUGUACGCGUCACAAGUGGUGUCUUCCAUCCAGGAACAUCGCAGUUCCCUGCGCGAGUUCAAUUUCCAAAACGUGGUGUUCCGCAGUGAUAAUUGGGACGACGCGCUCGCGCCAUUGACACAACUCAGCGGCGGCGAAGGAAGGCGAUUUGCGCCUUGCAGCAAUAAAAAAGGGGCAGAGGACACCAAGAAGCUUGGCCAAAGCGCAAUCCCGGACACGCGAGCUGCUGUGGGGGAGCCCGGAUCAUAUGAAGCGAUUGCUGCGGUCUUCGGUGUUUAG